AUGGAUUACUCAAAAGUCAACGUUAUUGGUCGUUGUGAAGAUUUUUUGCCAUCUAAAAAAUUGAGUGAGUUAGAAGUUAAUAAUAUUUACACAAUCAGUGAUGUCAAGUCUGUUAAAGCAAAUUAUGGAAACACUAUCAUUGUAUCAAUUGACAAUGAGUUCUCUGUAUUUUUACCUAGCAGAGUUGCAAAAAUUUUGCUUGAUGAUCCAAAACUACUCGAAGACAUGAUCAAAAAUGCAAAAGAAAAUCACCUGGGACUGAACUAUCUUGGUGGAAAAUAUAAUCAAUUUGAAUUUGUGGGAAUUUAA